AUGCUUCAAGUCUGUUUAAUCAACCCGUAUCAACACAAAAAAUCAAAGUUCAAAUCAAGACAUCCGAAAACCAGUUCUGGAUCCCUACUUUUAGCUUGGUUUAUCUUAUCAAUUCCCCAUUUUCUCUAAUCUUCCUAUAAACCCCACUUAAACAUCGAAUUAUCUACAUAUAUGGAAAAUAUAGUUUUAAACCCAAGUUUAAUCAACUGAGAUUUGGAAGCUCUCAACAGAAAUUUAAAGAGAAACCCACUUCUAUUAUUUCGAUUUUAAAUAUACCCAUUUGAAGAAACUCCUUUUGUUAGAUCCGAUUUUGAUUCAGAAACGACGAGUUUCGUGUUCGUGGAUUCGGGUGUCGACCUUGAGUGGAUUUUGGUGUGAGAUGGAUAUUGAGUACCCAUUUCGGGAAAUCGCUGUUCUGAUUUGUAUUUGUGUCUUUUGAUGUGAUUUUAUUAGUCUUGCCAAUGUUGUAGAGUUGAGUUUAAUAUUUUGGGUUAUAUUUUUUUUUCAUUUUCUUUGUUGGUUCUGAGAAAAUAAAAGAGCGAGAAAAAUGUUUCGGAGAGAACGUAAGAGGGAAAUCAAAGAGCUCAAUGGAGGGCCUCCUUGUGGGCAGGUUAGAGUUCUUGUUGUUGGUGAUACAGGUGUGGGGAAAACUUCUCUUGUUCAUCUGAUUGUCAAAGGCACUUCCACUUCUUGCCCUCCUCAAACUAUUGGAUGCACAGUUGGUGUGAAGCAUACCACAUAUGAUAGUCCUGUUAGCUCUUCAAGUAGCUUGAAAGGGGAUGCUGAGAGAGAUUUCUUCAUUGAACUCUGGGAUGUGUCAGGACACGAGCGAUACAAAGAUUGCCGGUCUCUUUUUUAUUCACAAAUUAAUGGUGUUAUUUUUGUUCACGAUCUUUCCCAAAGGAGAACAAAAACAAGCCUGCAGCAGUGGGCAGCUGAGAUCGCGAGUAAUGGGACAUUUUCUGCUCUCCUAAGUUCUGGAGGUCCAGCAGGACUUCCUGUCCCAUAUAUUGUUAUUGGUAACAAAGCUGACUUUGCUGCUAGAGAGAGUACAAGAGGUAGCAGUGGUAAUCUGGUUGAUGUAGCACUUCAAUGGGUCGAGAAGCAGGGUUUCCUUCCAUCUAGCGAGGAGCUUCCGCUGACCGAGAAUUUUCCUAGUAGUGGAGGCCUUAUUGCGGCAGCCAAAGAGGCAAGAUAUGACAAGGAAGGCUUAAUGAGAUUUUUCCGAAUGUUAAUCAAGAGACGGUAUUUUUCAGACGAAUUAUCGACCACAAAUACGUGGUCUGUAUCUCCUGCUCCGAGAACUUCUCAACGUUUAGAUGAAAGUGCCGGUGAUGAUUAUCAGUUAUACAAGCGAACAAGUUUGAGCGGCGACCCUUACAAGUACAACAUGCUUCCUCCCUUACCGGCGCAGUGCAAUCUGACUCCACCUCCCACACUUUACCCUCAACAGCCAGUUCCAGCGACCGAGAAUUACAACGCCCCACGGUUUUCCUUUUCCGGAUCCCAAGAAGUCAACAGCAGUGCCAGAUCAAAGCGUGCCGAUAUUAAUGUCUGAUGUAAUACUGUUUGCAGUGUUUGCUAUAUGAUUCCCGUUGUGCUUGUAUAAUUGGCAUGCCAAUUCUUUUAUAUUCGUUUCACCCUUCCCAAAGGACCAUCUUUUAUUUCAUGGCCCCUCCGUUUCUGGGACUUUUGCAGUUUUAGUGCUUGUAUAAUUAUUAAUUCGUUUAUAUUAAUGUCAAGAUUUUAGUUUAUGUAA